UGCGCGUCGCGUUCGCUUAAACUGUGUGUUGCGGUGUUUCAUUUAGUUCAUCUCGAGCCAAGGAUGCAAAGGUAAAAUGCAAAGCGCUGCAACGCCAACCAGCAAAGCAGACAAAGCCAAAGAGCCGACGACGACGACGACGACAGAGGUAGCCUCAGCUGAUGAGGAGCGGGAGCGGGAGCUUAAGCCGCGCUCACGUUUCUCCGCCGCCUUUCGCAGUCUGUCCAGGCCCAAGAGCAAAAGGCCCAAAGACAGCGCCACACAGCCACAGAAGCCGCGCAGCGUCGAGGAUCUACUUAGCAUCGGUGACCUAAGCACGGACAGCUCUGUCAAGGCGGCCAAGAAGAAGAGCCUAACGCGACGUUUGCUGCUGGGCAGUCUGGUGGGCAGCAAGUCGUCGUUGUCGUCGUCGUCCAAGGUGCGGCCACACAGUCUGGCGACCAGCGAUGACAUUAGCCUGCAGUCGGGACUGUUGCCGGCCAGCAGCAGCAACAACAGCAGCAGCAGCACGUUGCAGAUAACAAUCAGCGGCAAGAAGGUGGAGACGCUCAAAGGCAAAGAGCCAGCGAAGAAAGACAAAAGUAAAAGCAAAAGUAAGAGUCAGAGUCAGAGCCAAAGCAAGAGCGCAGCAAGCGAAACGGAUUAUCUGACACCAACAGCAGCUGAAGCAGCAGCAGCAAUAGCAGCGGCUGCGGCAGCAACUGGGAGUGGAAAAUCAACAACCACAACGACUACAACGCUGACAACGACAAACGAUAGCCGCACCACUAAGCUAAUUGUGGCCAAGGUGUCCAAAGAGCCGGCUGCCAAGAAGAAACCUAAAGCGACCUAUACAACCACCGCCAACGACGACGAGAAAAUCGUUAUCACCGAGAGUCGUCGCGAUACGCCGCCGCGUGAGCGUGCGCCAGCCAAGCCAAGUCGUGCUGCCAACGCCGCUGCAUUGCCAAUUCAGUCCGCCAGCAGCAGUGGAGCAGUGCGCAAGUCGAGCAGCAGCAGCAGCAAGCAGCAGGAGCGUGAGUUAAUGCAACAGCAGCAGCAGCGCGGCCAUCGCCUCAAUCGUAACACAACGGCCAGUCCAGUGCAUACAGUGCAGGCGCCAGUGACGCCAUCGCCCAUUCCCAAUCCAGCUACCAUUGUGCUGCUGAGCCUGAGCGACGUGGAGGAGCAAGUGGACGCCGUAUCCUUAGCGGAGAGUGCCGCUGCCGCUGUUCCCCAAGUGCGUUUCGCCGUUGGCAGCGCUGUGCGUGCACCGGACGCCUAUGAGCUGGCCCUAGCCGCCGCCGCCAAUCAACAGCCCAGUUCCACCGAGGAGCCCAGCGACUCUAGCCUGCGACGCUUGAGCUUUGCACAGCAACAGUUUGCCCUAAGCGAUCACGACAGCAUCGAAGGCAGGCGCGAGACUUUGCGCUAUCAGUCCGUGGCCAGCGAGUACUCGAACGAUUCCAAGGACUCGCAGUCGGAGCAGGAGGACUGCAUUGUCAAACCCAUGCCGGCAUUCGGGGACUUAACCAUGGAACAGCAGAUGGAACCGACCAUUAUGUCGCCCAGCGGAGAGAAGCGCGAACAUCUUUACAAGAUACUAGUCAUCGGCGAACUGGGCACCGGCAAGACAUCCUUCAUCAAGCGCUAUGUGCAUCAGUUCUUUAGCCAGAACUAUCGCGCCACCAUUGGCGUUGACUUUGCACUCAAGGUGCUCCAAUGGGAUGCCAACACGAUAGUGCGAUUGCAGCUCUGGGACAUUGCUGGCCAGGAGCGUUUUGGCAAUAUGACGCGUGUCUAUUACAAGGAAGCUGUUGGCGCUUUCAUCGUGUUCGAUGUCACCCGCAGCGGCACCUUUGACUGCGUCAGCAAAUGGAAGGAGGACUUGGACUCCAAGGUGCAGCUGCCAGAUGGCAGUCCCAUACCUUGCAUACUACUGGCCAAUAAGUGCGAUCAGGAGAAACAGGGAAUUGUCACGCAGCCGGAGCGCAUGGAUGAGUAUGUAAGGGAGAAUGGCUUCGCCGGAUGGUUUGAGACAUCCGCCAAGGAGAACAUCAACAUCGAUGAAUCAGCGCGUGCUUUGGUGAAUAAAAUUCUCAUCAAUGACAAACUUAUAAGUGCCGAUGCUGCUGAUGCGGAUAAAUUUAAUUUGAGCAGUGCGACGGAUACGGGCACGGAGGGCAAGAAUAAAUGCUCCUGCUGACCUGUUGACGCAAUUCCAAUUCUUUUGGAAGCGCUUUUCAAACCAAAGUCUGAGCGCGAUAAUAAUAAUAAUAAUAUUCUAUAUGUAAUAUGUUUUCUUGUAAAUUGUGUAUGUGUGUGUGUAUAUCUAAGACUUAGCGUACGUUUUAUAAGCGUCUACACCUUUUUCAUUCAGUGUGAGAUAUUAAGAUAUACAUAUGCCAAACCGUUUGUUUAGCUUUUAUACCUGGCCCCGUUUAUUUGGCCAACAAAAUGCAAACGCCUGCCUAUAUAAAUAACCAGUGCGCUUAUCUGUGACAAUUGUAAAGCGAGUUUAGUGGGCAGUGCGUAGAUUUAAAUUAACUAUGCAUACACACAUACUACACACACACACAUACUACACACACACACAUACUACACACACACACACACACACCACACGCACCUCUAACUAACUACUAUUAGCUAGAGCUCAGUUUUUGAGAUAACGCAGAAUCAUUAUACAUACAUACAUACACAUGUUUUUUGUAAAAUA